AUGUAUAUAUUGUGCAUCAACCCUCCAAUAAAUUCCAACAUGGUUCUUCGCAGCUUUGUCAACCUCACGGAACGGACAGGAGCGUCGUUUGCGCGGCGGCGGGCGUCCAACGUGUCGUCCUCGUCGGGCAGCAAGUGCUAUUCGCACCCCUUUUUCAAGCCCUCCUACUCGAAGCCCCAGGAUCUACUCAUAGUGGAUGACGUUGCCCGUGAGGACUCUGGUCGCAAAACACGGUACAGCCGGUACUGCAACAUCCUUACGCCCGCGGCGAUGGUGACGCGCAACUAUGUGAUAUUCGACCAGUCGCAAAACACCGACGAUGAGACCCGUGGGCAAACCCCGAUCCUGCUCAAGAAGGCAGGCGGCAAAACAAACAAGAACGGCCACAUGAGUGUGUGCGUGGGCGCGGUCGCCAACGGCCGUCGCCAGCUGCGGCUUCGGCGGUCGAAUUCCACCACCGUGCGCACCUUUGCCCUGGAAAGACCGACUGGCAGGAGAGAGUACUCUACGGUGCACGAACUGGAACGACAGCUGCGCGAUCUCCAGGUGGGGGAGAUGGGGGAGACGGGGGAGACUGCUGAGAAGUCUGAGCAGGCGAAGGAAGUCGAUCCAGCCACCCCACUCUCGGUUCACGAACGUCUGAUUGACGAGCUGCUGUCCAGCAACCGGCCGAGCGAGGUGCUGGCCGUCUACUUCAACCUCAGAGGCAAGGGUUUAGUCCCCACCACUGCUCUGUACAACAAAGUCUUGCGCUCGAUCCCGCAACGCACCGACACCGGUGAGUCCGCCGAGGACAAGCUCACACACCUGCUCAACGUGUACUCGGACAUGUUGUCCAACAAUUUGAAGCCAUCCGACGAGACAUACGAGCUGGUGGUGGGCCCACUGCUGAAGGGCGCGCAGAACAGCUAUAGCACGGGCGAGUUCCGCAACAGCAACGACUUCUUCCGCAUUGCGCUCGAGCUGUUCCUCAUAAGCCACAACUCCAACGCGGCCAUCCGCUUCGACCAGGCCGUCUACCACGACCUCGUGCGGGGCCUAAACAGGUUCAAGUGUGUGCAGAUUCUCGCUGCCGACAAGCUCUACGAGCUGCUCAAGUCACGUGUCGAUUUGACCGAAAACUUAGGCCUGUUUUUGCAGCUGCUCAAAUACGCCGGUUACUCCAAAAACACCGGCCUUGUCAACGCCCUAUACCACGAUAUCAACGACAGCAUCGAUGCCAAGGUGCUGGAGGCACAGCAGUACGACAUUUACGCUGUCAUGCUCGAGUCACUCCUUCUUUGCGGUCAGUCCGCCGAGGCAGCCGCUUUUCUCGACCAGGUGGUCGGCCACUGCGACAAGUCGGAGCAGCAUGCGCUUUCCAAGCUCCUCUCGAGCUUCAUUGCCGGUCAGGCUGCCCUAGACCCCGCCAAGGCCUACAAUUCGUACCUCAAAUUCAACGCCGUCGACUGGCUGCCAGAGGUGUCUGUGGCCAGUCUGGCGCUCGUGAUGAGAAAGUUCCUCGACGGUAACGACUUCGGCUCGGCAUUACAGGUGUGGAACAUGAUCGUGCCGCGCAAAGACUUCGACGAGGCUAUCCAACAGCUUGUUCAGCACGACGACUACGAGUAUCUCUCGUCGAUGGUUGACACUCUUGUCGGCGCAGCGCUCGACAGAAUGGACAGACAGAACCUCAUCAGAUUUACAAGAGAAAUCAUCAUCAAGGACAGCCUCGUGCUGUCAAACGAGUCGCUCCUGAACCUCGUGUCGUACCUCAACUCGAACGAGAGACAAACCGAGCUCGCCACGGCGCUCGUCAUCAACCAGGGUUACAAGAAGUCCAGAGAUGGCACGAGCCUCAACAACUACCUGUCGCUGCUCGUCGAUUUCCUCACCCCAUCCCAGUACCAGUCCCUUUUCGGCUCAGGACUCUUCAAGACUGCUGUGGAGCAGUAUAGAGUGGUCAACGACAACAUCUACGGCCUGAUCAAGAUCUUUGAUUAUGUCAGCAACCUGUCGCAGAUGACGGACCAAAUCAAGCUCAAGAUGAAGUACUACGGCAAGGUGCUGAGCUUUGAGUUUGAGGACGCGUCCAACCACUAUGUGCAGCUGCCGGCUGAGCUGACGAGGUUUAAGCAGUAUGUCUCGCAGCUGGCAGAAUGA